GACGUAAGCGGCUGCACAGCCCGCAUUGUGAGGACCACACGACGUGCGUUCUAUAAAGAGCGCCACUCUUUGGCUUCGACGUCCAGACGGCGUCCACUGCGGGCCAGGCUCCAACUCACCCUCACCGCAGCCAUCGCCAGCCACUUCGCGACUCCACUAGGCGCCCUGGUCCACCGCGGACGACGCCGACAGGAAGUCCCGCCUACGCCGCGCGCACCCGCGUACCGCGACAGCCAUGCCAACCAAUGAGCGUCGCUUCUUCAAAGACCCUGACCAAUAGUAGAGCGCGCUGAGGAGGGGGCGUGUCUGGGCCGCGGGGCCGGGGAGCGGGUCGUGCGCGCUGAGGAGGAGCCGCAGCCGUCGCCGUCGCCGCUACCGCUACCGCUCUGCCGCCGCCGCCGCCGCCGCCGCCGCCGCCGCCGCCGCCGCCGCCGCCGCCACCGCUGCCGAGGCCGUGCGGAGCCGUUAUCGCCGCGCCGCCCGCCCCGGAGCAGAGUCCCGGGCCUUCCCGCCCGUGUUCAGAUUUUUAAAUAAUACAAUGUCUAAUGGUUAUGAAGACCACAUGGCGGAAGACUGCAGGGAUGACAUUGGGAGAACGAAUUUAAUUGUCAACUACCUCCCUCAGAACAUGACCCAGGAGGAACUACGAAGUCUGUUCAGCAGCAUUGGCGAGGUUGAAUCUGCAAAGCUUAUUCGGGAUAAAGUAGCAGGACACAGCUUGGGCUACGGUUUUGUGAACUAUGUGACUGCAAAAGAUGCAGAGAGAGCAAUCAGCACACUGAACGGCUUGAGACUCCAGUCCAAAACCAUUAAGGUGUCAUAUGCUCGCCCAAGCUCAGAGGUCAUCAAAGAUGCCAACUUAUACAUCAGUGGGCUCCCAAGGACCAUGACACAGAAGGAUGUGGAAGACAUGUUUUCUCGGUUUGGGCGAAUCAUCAACUCCAGGGUCCUUGUGGAUCAGACCACAGGUUUGUCCAGAGGGGUUGCCUUUAUCCGGUUUGACAAACGGUCAGAAGCAGAAGAGGCAAUUACCAGUUUCAAUGGUCAUAAACCCCCAGGUUCCUCCGAGCCCAUCACAGUGAAGUUUGCAGCCAAUCCCAACCAGAACAAAAACAUGGCUCUCCUCUCGCAGCUGUACCACUCGCCUGCUAGGCGGUUUGGAGGCCCUGUGCACCACCAGGCACAGAGAUUCAGGUUCUCCCCUAUGGGUGUAGAUCACAUGAGUGGGAUUUCUGGUGUCAAUGUCCCCGGCAAUGCUUCCUCGGGCUGGUGCAUCUUCAUCUACAACCUUGGGCAAGACGCCGAUGAGGGGAUCCUCUGGCAGAUGUUUGGCCCCUUUGGUGCAGUUACCAAUGUGAAAGUGAUUCGUGAUUUCAACACCAACAAGUGCAAAGGGUUUGGUUUUGUGACCAUGACAAACUAUGAAGAAGCUGCAAUGGCCAUAGCAAGUCUGAAUGGCUACCGCCUGGGGGACAAAAUUUUACAGGUUUCCUUCAAAACCAACAAGUCCCACAAAUAACUCGCUCAUGCUUUUUUUUUUUUCUUUCCUUCUUUUUUUUCUUUUCUUUUUUCUUUUUUUGUACGGAAUAGAUAAUUAAGAGUGAAGAAGUUGAAACUUUUUUGUUAGUGUACAACUCAUUUUGCGCCAAUUUUCACAAGUGUUUGUCUUAGUCUAAAUGAGAAGUGCAAAAGUUUUUAUACUCUGGGAUGCAACCAACAUGUUCAAAUGCUUGAAAUCCCACAAAUGUUAGACCAAUUUUAAGUUUCUUAAGUUAUUUCCUUUAAAGUAUAUAUUAAACUGAAACCUAAGUAGACUGCACUGACUAACCAGUCACUCUGGAUGGUGGUGGAACUGAAGCAUGCUUUUACUUCUAAGACUGUCUAACACCUGUUUCAUCUGAUGUCUCCACAGACUGGAUUUAAAACAAAACAAAAAAAAUUUUUUUUUUUAAUUUCUUUGUUUUAGUUUUUAACCUAAAGAUGUUAGACAGAUGGGGAGUGUGUUUUUUCUCAACUGCUUCACCAUUUUAAACAAUUUCUGCUUUAGUUGACAGGAAAUUUGCCCUCCCCAGCAGUCCCACUGCUGCCCCCUGCCCACUCAGUCCCAGCUCUAUGGUGUUGGGAGCAGCAGCAGGGCCCAUAUUCUGGGGCUCCCACAAGGGGAGGUGGGAAGAGGUUCCACAUGUUGGGCUGAGCCAGGCCCUCCAGAGACACAAAAGGUGUUUUGUAAGCCCAGGCACCAAUGAGAACGGACCAAAGAGUUUCAGGGCAGCUCCAGUAUAUUCCAGAGUCAAACCUGAGCUCCAGGCAUGCCUGAAGAUGCCCCACUCCUCUGACAUCCUGAGCGUCUGUCCACACAUUGCAUGCAUGGUGCCCACACAUCAGAUACUGUUGUUCAUGCAACUUCCCGAGUUUCCAAGACCAUUUAACCUAGCUUGAAUGCACAACGAUUGCUCUGUUUUUAAUGACACAGAAACAUUUGAGCAUUGUAUUCUCUCGCAUCCCUUCUUGUGAGCAGUAGACUUUUUCCAAUCUCAGUCAGAUUUUUGCUUUGACAUUUUGCUUUUGUAUGGACACUCAGCAGAAAAGUACUUCUUGCCAGUUAUCUAUUAACAAAAUCCUUCGAUUUGUAGUUUUAAGGAUUAACCCUCAAAGUUCUCUUCAUAACUGCCUUGACGUUUGGGGUUCUGUUCUGUUAAUUUUCUUUUGCUUUUUUGUGUUUUUUGUUUGUUUUUACUUUUGCAUUUAAGACCAUUAAAUUUGAUUUUGUUUUGCUCGAGUUUUGUUUUGUUUUUUGUUUUACCUUUUCUUUCUUUUUUGGCUAGGGAAGGGCACAGACAGCCCAGCAUUCAGGGAGGAGUCUGUCAGACCUUAAACACUGGCCUCAAGUUUAAAAAAACAUUUCUGGAGCUAUGGUAUAAGAAAUACAGUUAUGGAUCAAUGGUUCUUAACUCAGGAGCUGGUAGGAAAGGUCAGAGGGAAGGGAAGGGAAGAGCAGAUGAGGCCUGACCCCUACAGCCCUCAGGACUGCUCUGAUUUUUAUUAGUAUGUGGAGAGAAUGAGAACAGGCUAGUGCAGUUACUGGCAGCUCUUCACUUUGAUGUAAGCCUGGAGUGUAUAACAGCAGGGUAGUAUUUAGUUCUUGAUAUCAUGGUAUGAUAGCAUUAUUUAUAUAUCUGUUUAUAUAUGUAUAUAUACAUAUAGCUAUUUUGUUUCAUUUACUUAAGUGGAAAACUGAGCAAAAAGCACAGCCAUCUCUAAAGUAGGUCAGUGUAUCAAGAAGCCCAUGUACAAAUUGAGGCUACCUGUUCCCUCCCCCGCCUCCUUUUCCUGACUUCCCUGGAGGCUCGUUGCAGUGUUCUCUACCAUUGGUGAGGUUGCCUCAUGUACUCAGGCUUUGUCCCACCCUAAGUGAGCCAACUGCUGCUCAGUACCUCAUUCCAUCCCAUAAUUCCCAGCCUAUAAGGCCUGAAACCCAGAACCAAAGGCUCAUAUGCCCAGAUCUGACCAAAAAAGGAGAGGGGUCCUCUGCUUUGAGGGUACAGAGUGCACCUCCCUGUGGGACCAAAAUGUUGUGAUAAAAUACGCAUUUCUAGUUUCUUAGCCAGCAUUCUUCUGAGCGGAGGUGGGAUUCUCCUCAGUCGUGUAGCCUUUGUAUUCCACACCUGAAAGAGACUGUGUCUUUAAAGGACUUGGUGCUCAGAGCCAGCACCUUAAUCACUAUACCAUCCCUACCACCCAACACCUGUUUACUCCAUAGUAACUCUGAGAGGAACUGGGGAAAUGUCACUAGCUUCUGGAGGUCACUUGAAGUUCAUGGACAUUUUCUUCCUGUGUGGUCUCCACUGUCUGGGCAGCACUCUAGGUAAAAGUCCAGUGCCUUCCUUGAUGAGCUUUCUUUGUAGCGUCUAGAAGAAAGUAGCUUUGAAAAGGCACUCCUGAAAGCAGUUUUCAUUCUAUGAAAGGACUAGGUGCUGGACCUGGACUUGUCCAUGACAGCUAGUCAGGCUGGGUAGAAAUCCAGAAUCCAGACAUGUAUGUAGCUCAGAGAUUAAAGCACUUGCCAAGCAUGAGGACAGCCCUGAGUUCUGUCCCCAGCAUUGGAGAAAAAGUCACAACCCAAGAGAAAGGUUUUUUGUUUUGUUUUUUAAGGAAAAAUUCAUCCUGUUUUUAUUGAGCAAGUUAAGGCCAUUUCUUUUGUUGGGAAAUCUGAUGGGAAAAAAUAUAGAGAGUAGGUAAUGUUCAUUCAUCAGAAAUAUGGUUUGGCCAAUACCAAAGAGGCUUUGGCUGAGUUCUCUUGAGCUCCUCUGGUAGUGGGUUAUUUCUUGAGCCACCUCCAGGUUCUUCCACCUACUUCUGGUUGGGUUACCUGUUUCUUUCUUGAGUGAUUCUCUCCCCCAAUUGAAACUUCUAGGUAAUGUGCCAAGCCAUCCUGGCUGUGCCUCUGGUCACAGAACUGUGACUAUAUCUCCCUCCUCCCCAUACUCUGAUCAGCUACCAUCGUCCUUGACUACCUGAGAACCAAACUUCCCUUGGAGGGUGUGAUGUGAUGCCACUAUAUUGAAUGGGUUCUGUCUCCCUUGAAGUUGCCUUAACCUUUUAGUGGCAGUAAGUAGUUAAGAAACUCGUACACAUCUUCAGACUGGACCUCCUGGUAUAAGGAGUUAAAACUGGAGUCUCCCAGCUGACAUUUAAGGAGAACCCUGCUGGGUCAGAGAAAUUAAUGAGCCUCCAAGACAACAGUUACCUAUAUGGGGUUGCUUCCAAAUAAUAGCCAUUUGUCUAUAAAGUUAUGUGUGGAAAGGAUGUGACCUACUCCAGUCGUUAGAUUUGGAAAUCAAAGUUGAAAUAACUCAGCUCUUCCAGUUAGCGUGUUUCAGCAAGAUUUUAUCUCUUAAUGGUUUGUGUGGCCAGCUUUUCUAUAUUGGGUGAGAGAAUAUGAGUAUGCUGAGAGGUCUUCUGCCUCCUCUAUCCCCAACACCUUAUCCCUUCCCAUCUCUUCAGGAACUGCCUCACCUACUGGGACCCGAGGUAACUCCUGGGGAGGGAUCCCUGGGGUUCAUCACACUCAAGGGGUCAGGAAUCCUGUUUCCAAACCUUCCUAGAGUACCCCAAUCAUCAUGAAUGCUUACUGUUGAGUGGCAUUGAUGAUUUGACACAUUCUUAGGGGAGCAACAGAACGUGCAUUUCCAUCCUAAAUAAGGACCCUCCCACUCCCACCUUUGACCUUUAAUAAUGAUUGUAUUACAUUUCCCCAUAACCUUUUGCUGAUGUGGUUCAAUUAUUUCUCUCAGUCAUGAAAAUUAUUUAUUUAUUUUAUUUAUUUAUUUAUUUAUUUAUUUAUUACUUGUGAGUCACCAGCUGCCAAGUAUUUGCAUUAGUCUGGUGGAGACUUUGAGAGGACUGUGCUUUUCUGUUCCCCUCCCCCAGAAAAGAAGGCUGGUUGGUUGGUUGGUUUGAACCACCUCUCUUCCCACAUGCUGUUUCCCUCACAAUGGCUUACUUUGGGGGAGGGGAGGGCUUCUACCAGCUGAUUCCCAUGUUGUACACUAGAUGGCUAGACAUUUUGUAUAUUAGUGUGUUUUAAGUUAUUGAUUUGUUUUAUAUGAAAUAAUUUAUUUUUCAGGUACCAUUUUUUUUUUCAUUUUAACUUUGUUUUUACAUGGGUUUGUUUUCAAUAAAGUCUGACAUUGCUGUCCAAAGUCAACAAUAAAGUGAAUCCCAUUGUGUUCUUUUGAGGAUGUUUAUGUAACUAGCCUUUAAAAGUAAUUUUCAGAAAAAGAAAGGUGGGGAACAAAAACCCUUAACCUAUUUUCCUUCUCCCAUUGCCUUUUUCCCCCACUACUUUAAAUCCUUGUGAAUAAAUGUUCUUCAGUGUUUUAGGAAGAAAAAAGCAAACCUAGAUUUUGAUAAUCCAGAAGAUUUCAGAUUAAUGAAGCUUUGAAAGAACCAUUUUUCGAAAUUUCAGUGACGUGUGAAUAUUUUUUGUCAAUGGCUUUCUCAAAGAGAAUGAAACUUUUGCACCAUUUUCAGAGUUUUUAUAGAGAUGCCAAAUUGAUAUAUUUACAUGUAAUGGAAACAUAAAAAAAAGUUUUAUUAAACAAUUGUUCAUAGCUGUGUAGACAUUUUAAUUCAGCUUCCAAAGCUCUUCAAAGGCGUAUUUUGGAGAUAUGGGGUGUUAACUGACGAUUCCAAACUAGUCAGUUGUCUGAAUACUCGGUUCCUUCCACAGGUGUCAGGUUUGUGUUAAAACAUUCUAUGUUACCACUGACUGCAAUUCUCUGAUAUUUUGGUAAUAAAUGAAGUGGGAUCAUUGAGAUGUGAUGGUGUAGGGGUGAUCGUCUGUAUCAACAUUCCAAAGCCGGAUAAAGUACCAGGAGACUUCUUCCCUCAGUGUGCCAAGACCUGGCCGCAGCUUUGACCUAGUCAUGGACAGCCCAGGUAUGCUAUGUAUGUCUCCCUCAAGACCCUCCGAUUUCUGUCCAGAUGUUUCUUCCUCAUCAAGGAGCCCCAGAGUCCCGGAUGGUGGGCACCUUAUCCUUACCCGCUGGUUAGAUUGUAACAUGGCCACAUUUGAGCCACAGGGAUAGAAUGGGACUAUUUCAAGUAUAAUUCACCAUCUUACUGUGUAAUUAGGAGCACAGAAACUCGUGUGGGCUAGGGGUGUGAUACUUUGGAAAGCCAGUCUGUCUAGCCUGCACUAAGCUCUGACCUCCAUGCCCUGGUGCCAUAGAAAGCAAGCAUGGUAGUGUGUGCUUAUAAUCCAAAUUCUUGAGAGGAGCAGCAAAGAGACCUGUAGUAUAGUCAAGCCUUGACUAUGUAGCAAAUUUAAGACCAGCCUGGGAUACGAAAGACCCCAUAUAAGACUCCAACCCUUCCCAAUAAGGGGUUUAGGGGUGCUCCCAGGAGUUAAAGAUCUGAGUCUGGAAAACAAACUAGCUUGGAAACCUGGGAGGAAGAUGCAGAAAAAGUUGUUGAAGGCCCUCCUAAUUGAACAAACUUGGACAAGAAUGGGGGAGUUGGUGUGGGAAAACUAGUUUGGUAGCCACCUUGUUAAGGCAGGCCUUCUGGAAAGAGGCCUUGUGAUUCAACAGAGUAAGCUACACACUCUCAGUCCUGGCCAAAUGAUUGGCUGUAGACAAGUGUAGAGAGGCUGUGAAAUGCCACCAAGGGACUAGGCUUUAGGAGGGCUACAGGUUUGUUAUCACAUAUACAGGGGAGACUGUCUGAUUAGAUAAACAGGAUGCAUGGGAUCAAAAAAGUACUAGGGCAUCUGAGAAAGUACCUCAGUGACCCAAAACUAUGGAAGAAUAUUCAGUGACUUUUUGAACUGGUGAGGUGGCUCAAUGGAUAAAGCUUGCUACUAGACUGAUAAUCUGCUCUCAGUCCCCCAGGCUCUACAUGAUCAAAGGAGAAUCUACUCCCACAAGUUGUCCUCUGACAGAUCAGUAUGCAUGAUCAUACCCAACUUUGGUAAAAGAUUAAACUUCAAAGCGGCUUUCAGCAAGGCAUAGUGCCAUUAAUCCUAGCAUUUAGGAGGCAGAGACAAGCAAUCUCCCAUAAGCCAGACCUGGUUCCAGGCACCCAGGGCUACAUAGACCAUCUGAUAGAAAGGGUGGGGGAUAGGAGAUUUGUGAGUUAAGCCUAGUUCCUGCUUAACACUGGUUCCAGUCAGGCAGGGCUACACAGCAAAACAUUGGCUUCAUAAUACGAAGCCCUACUAUGAGGUACAGAUGGUAGCCUUCAAAGACUUUGGUUCUGGUCUGU